AUGGAUUACUCGCGUGAUGAUAUUGAUGGGUUGUUGAAUGAUCAAUUUAGAGAUGUUGCACAGGCUAAAGGAGUUUAUGAUGGUCCAAAUAAAGAUGCCAAGAAAUUCUAUAACUUAGUUGACGAAGCAAGCCAAGAAUUAUAUCCUGGUUGUACAGGAUUCUCUAAAUUAUCAUUCACACUUUGUUUAUAUUUAUUGAAAUGUCUACAUGGAUGGAGCAAUGAAUCAUUUACUUCUCUUUUAGAGUUAUUAAAAGAGGCGAUGCCCGAGUUGAACAUUCCUCCAUCUUACAAUAAAACCAAGUCUAUGAUUAAGAAUCUUGGUCUUGAUUAUAAAAAAAUUGAUGCAUGUCCCAAUGAUUGCAUGUUGCUCAGGAAUGAUCAUAAGGAUGAUGAAUUUUUUCAUACUUGUGGAGCUUCACGAUAUAUUAAAUCUCCUAAAGUUGAUAGUGAGCUUGAACCUUCAAAAAAACAACAUCAAGUUUCAGCAAAGACAUUAAGACACUUACCAUUAAUUCCUCGACUCAAAAGGCUAUUUAUGUGCUCAAAGACGGCAGAUUCUUUGAGGUGGCAUGACGAGGAGCGUUCUAAAGAUGGAAAGUUAAGGCAUUCCACUGAUUGUCUAGCAUGGAAAGAUUUUGGUAGGUUGCAUCCAAAUUUCGCAUUAAAUUCUCGCAAUGUGAGACUUGGCUUGUCAAGUGAUGGGUUCAAUCCAUUUCGGACCAUGACUGUUAUGUGGACAAUAAAUGGCUUUCCUGCAUAUGCUAUGUUAUCUAGAUGGAGUACAAAAGGUAAGUUUGCUUGCCCUUGUUGUAACUAUGGCACUAAUUCUCACUAUCUUAAACAUAGUCGGAAAAUGUGCUAUAUGGAUCAUCGUGUUUUUCUACCCAUGGAUCAUCCAUGGAGAUCUAACAAAAGAUCUUUCAAUGGAAAAAGUGAAUUUAGGCCUCCUCCACCUUUAUUAAAGGGUACUAAUGUGUUUAAUAGCUUACAAGAUUUUGAAAAUAUAUUUGGAAAGAAGAGAAAGAGAUCAAAUGAUGGCCCAUGGAAAAAAAGGUCAAUCUUUUUUGAAUUACCUUAUUGGAAGCACAAUUUGUUACGCCACAACCUUGAUGUAAUGCACAUAGAGAAGAACAUAGUUGAUAGCAUACUUGGAACUCUUUUGGAUAUUUCUGGCAAAACAAAGGAUCAUGCAAAAGGCCGAUAUGAUUUGAAAGAUAUGGGAAUCAGAAAGAACCUUCAUCCAAAAGAUACAGAAGAUAAUAAGAGAACAAAGUUUGCAAAAGUGUGUUUCUCAAUGACAAAUGGAGAGGAAUAA